AUCUCCUUUCUACACGCUACUGUACAUAGCCAUAGCUAGUGAGUGAUUAUAUACUCUUUGCGCCAUCAACAUGGUUCUCUUUGGCAAAUUAAUUUCUGUAGGCACUGUGCCCAAAAUAUACGCACAAAUCACUAAUGCGAAAAGUUUUCAUAGUAGUAGACUGAAAGGCAAAGUAGCUAUAAUAACUGCGUCGACUGAUGGCAUCGGAUACGCCAUAGCAAAGAGACUAGGAGAUGAGGGAGCAUCUGUAAUCAUAAGUAGCAGAAAAGAAGAAAAUGUUAAAAAAGCAACCGAAAGUUUACGUAAAGAAGGAAUUGAGGCCGAAGGUCUCGUAUGUCACGUAGCUGAUGCUGAACAUAGGAAAAGGCUAUUCAACUUUGCGAAAAGUAAAUACGGAGGAAUUGAUAUCCUGGUUUCCAAUGCCGCAGUAAACCCUGCAGUUUCGCCUGUUUUGGAGACUGAUGAAAAGGUGUGGGACAAAAUAUUUGAGGUGAAUGUCAAGUGUUCGUGGUUGUUAGCAAAAGAAGUUUAUCCAGAAUUGAUCAAGCGUGGCGGUGGAAAUAUUGUAUUUAUUUCUUCUAUAGCGGGUUAUCAACCUAUGGAACCUUUGGGACCGUACAGUAUCAGUAAAACAACCCUCCUCGGCCUGACUAAAGCGAUUGCUUACGAAGUUACCCACGAGAAUAUUAGAGUUAAUUGUGUUGCGCCAGGAAUCGUUGCUACGAAGUUCGCCUCGGCAAUUACAACCUCGGACAUGGCAGCAGAAAAAUCCUUGUCAAUAGUACCAAUGAAGAGAUUUGGUAAACCUUCGGAAAUCGCAAGUGCAGUAGCUUUUUUGGUCUCAGACGAUGCCAGCUACAUAACUGGCGAAACGCUUGUUGUCGCAGGGGGCACUUAUGCUCAUCUUUAAAAUUUUAUAAAAGUGUUUAUUUUAAUAUUCGAAACCAAGGAAAGUGUAUUUCUUGCUAAGGUGGUAGGUUUCAUGUUUAAAAUGUAUAGGUACAGGUAUUCUUCGCAAGAUUGUAACUAAGGGCCUUCGUUAUGUAUAUUAUGUAAAUAUUAAUAUCAUUUUCUAAUAAAUAUUUUGUAUAAACUUU